AUGCCCUCAACCCCAGCAGCAGCAGCAGCUGCUGCUGCUGCAGCUGCUGCUGCAAGUGCGAUGCGGCCGCAGCAGCAGCAGCCGCAGCAGCAGCAGGCUUGGAAACACCUCGGGUCGCCGUUCUACGUGGUGCUGCUGCAAGCGCUGCAUGCUGCAGCAGCAGCACGAAGGUCUCGUACCGCCUCUGCACCUGAGGAAAGUCGACCAGUAGCAGCAGCAGCAGCAGCAACAGCAGCAGCAACAGCAGCAGCAGUUUCUGCAGCAACCAGCAGACUGGGUGAGACUGCCCUUAGCAGCAGCAGCAGCAGCUUCGAGACCUCUGCUGCAGAAGUUGCUGCUGUGUGGCAGCUUCAGGUUGCAAAGGAUUUGCGAAGGUUGCGUCACGCAGCAGAAUUUCUGCAGCAGGGCGAAGGUGGCGCUGCUGCACCUGCUGCUGCUGCUGCUGCGGCUGCAGCAGCAGCAGCAUCGACAAACCCCCUGGCACUGCAGCAGCACCAACUGGAAGCAGCAGCUGUAUCCCUUUUCUGCAGCGCAGCAGAGGCAGUAGCGGUCCUCGCGGAGAUGCAAAUGAAGCCUUCAGUGCGAGAUGCUGUGCCGACUUUGCUGCUCACAUUGGAGCGACUUCGCUUAUCACAGAGGCUGGGCCGAAGUCAAUCGCAGCAGCAGCAACAGCAACAGCAGCAGCCUAUCGUGGAGGCAGGGACGUCUAUGGGUGCUUCGGAAGAAGCGGAAGCAGCAGCAACAGCAGCAGCAGCAGCACAAGCUGCUGUGCGAUGCCUGCACGCUUUGGGUCGCUGCCAGUUGUUCAGUGAGAAGCUGCUGCAGGAGGUCUCUGUACACCACAUUGCUGCUGCUGAUGCGGACACUCUCGCUCUUUAUCUCUUUGAGUGCGGCCGUAUGGGUCUCCGCUGCAAGCGCUAUAUAGAUGGAUGCUUCGACAGGGCAUUAGCUGCUGUUGAAGAGAUGUCUGCUGCUUCCUUACUGCUGGCUUGUGCGGGUCUCUACCGCUUCUGUUCUGACUGGAAGCCUUUCUACGAGCGUGCAGCACCUCGGCUGCUGCAGCAGCUCAGCAGCAUGGACUUCUAUCAGCUGCGGUUGAUGCUGCGCCUCUCUAAGCAUCUCAACCCGGCACUAAAAGACCCCCAGCUGCUGCAGCUCUCGAAAGAAGCUGCUGCUCUCCUCACUUCCGCUGUACCCUCUCUAGACCUACAGCAACUCUGCUGCAUCGCCACCUUUGUUGAACGGAGGUGUCCAGACACCCCACCGGAGUACGAAGUCCUCACGAAGGCCCUUGUGGCCGCUGUAGAGGCAUCAGCGCCUCCUCGCCUACCAGCACAAGCAGCAACAGCAGCGGGGAAAGCAGCAGCAGCAGGAACAGCAGAAGCAGCAUUGGAGGCAGGAACACCAGCAGCACCACCAGCAGCAACAGCAGCAACAGCGGGAGAGGCGGAGCGUGUAGCUACAGAUCCUCUGUCUCUUGUGCAUCCUCUGCACGAUUUGGUAGACUUAGUGGAUUGCACUGCUUCUCAUGGAGUGCAGAGUUCAGUGGUGCCGCGGGUUGAGGCAGUUGUUGCUGCGAGGUAUACCGAGAUUGAAUACAGCGUAAACUUCACCCUGUGGCUCAUUUGCCUCGAUGCCUUCUCUCGAAUCAAAGGCCACUACCCCCACUUGCUGCUGCAGCAUAUCACAUCAAACAUCUGCAAGCCACUAGCAAGCAGCAGCAGCAACAACAACAGCAACAGCAAGGGGACUUGCAACCGCAGCAAAGGCAGCAUAUCGAGCCCUAUCGAUUCCCUCAGCGCCCUCCAGAGACUCAAAUUCAUGCAGGCCCUCACUCGCCUCUCCUUCUUUCCCCUCCCAGUUAUUCAGCGAGGAAAUCUUUGUUUUUACUGUUCCGUGUGGUGCCUGGUGUACAGACACCUCGAGCCUCUGUUUCUCUCGCAUCUCUGCUGGGCCUUCCUUGUCGCUGAGAUGCAGCGCAAGCCCUUCUUUGUUACUCUCCUAGAUCGCGCCCUGGCGCUGUCUCCUCCCCCUACAGCCCCGGUGUCUCCUGCAGCAGCAGCAGAGGAGGCGUUUGCUGCUUGUAAGAGCCAAACAGCCUCUGCAGCAGAAGCUGCUGCCGAGGAUUUCACUGCAGGGGGACCCGUGCCCUGGCGUAUGCGGGAUGUUACCGCGCCGGUUGGCAGCAACAGCAGGAGCAGCAGCAACGCUGCUGCUCCCACUGCCGCUCCUACUGCUGCUGGUGUUGCUGUUGACGCUGCUGGUGCUGGCGCCUCUGGAGGUUCUGCUGCAGCAACAAAAGACCGCGCUGCAGCGACGGGAGACGGUGCAACAGCAGCAGGAGACUAUGCUACAGCAGCAGAAGGCUGUGCUGCAGCAGCAAGAGAGACAGUGCCGUGGCAACUGAGCCUUCCAAUGACUCCCCUUGACUGCAUCACCUACCGCAGCCACUGCGAGCCGGCGGUGCUGCUGCAGCAGGUGUGCCGGUUGCUGCAGCUGGAAGCCCCGCAGCUGGCAGCAGCAGUGCAGCAGCAGCAAACGUUUAGGGCCCACGCCGAGGCCGUUAUACGGUGGAAAGGAGAUAGGCAGCAGGAGCUGCAGCAGCUGCUUGCGGAGGUUAAGGGGGCGGCUAGGGAGUCUGGGCUUGAGUGGCGGGAGGCACGUGAGGGGCUUCCGCCUUCUGCGUUAUCUUCAUUUGGCAGCCAGUGGCCCUUCAGUGAAGUUUGUCUGUGGGUUCAGGGGGCCCCUUUGGUUCUCCAGGCAGAAGCAGAGGGGCUGCUGCGUGCAGCUGGGGGGCCCCCAGAGACGCGCCGCAACUUCAACACAGGGCACAAAUAUUUGUUGCUAAGGGCUUUUAGAGCCUUAGGUGUCUUAAGGGUAGUCUUCAUCGACGCUGAAGAGUGGCGGAGAGCGAGGGAGACACAGCAGCAGGUGCCUCUACUCCGCAGCAAAUUCACUUUCUGA